AUGCGCGUGGUGGUCAUCGGAGCUGGGGUCAUCGGGCUGUCCACAGCCCUCUGCAUCCACAAGCACUACCACUCAGUCCAUCAACCACUGGACAUAAGGAUCUACGCAGAUCGCUUCACUCCAUUCACCACCACAGAUGUGGCCGCCGGCCUCUGGCAGCCCUAUGUCUCCAAUCCCAGCAACCCACAGGAGGCGGAAUGGAGCCUGCAGACCUUCGACUAUCUCCUGGGCCACAUGCAUUCUCCCAACGCGAAGAAGAUGGGCCUGGCCUUGAUCUCAGGCUACAACCUCUUCCAUGAAGCAGUCCCGGAUCCUUUCUGGAAGGAUAAGGUUCUGGCGUUUCGGAAGCUGACUCCCCAGGAGUUGGACAUGUUUCCAGACUACAGCUAUGGCUGGUUCAACACAAGCCUGAUUUUGGAAGGGAAGGACUACCUGGAGUGGCUGACUGAAAGGUUAACUGAGAGGGGAGUGCAAUUCUUCCUUCGGAAAGUGGAGUCUUUUGAGGAGGUGGCGCGAGGGGGCGCUGACGUGAUCAUCAACUGCACAGGGGUGUGGUCAGGCGCGCUGCAGCCUGACCCCCUCUUGCAGCCAGGCCGGGGGCAGAUCAUUAAGGUUGAUGCUCCCUGGAUGAAGCAUUUUGUCAUCACUCAUGAUCCGGACAAUGGCAUCUACAAGUCCCCGUACAUCAUCCCAGGGCUUCAGAAAGUAACUCUUGGAGGCAUCUUCCAGCUGGGGAACUGGAAAGAGACAAAUGACAUUCGGGACCACAGAACCAUUUGGGAAGGCUGCUGCAGCCUGGAUCCCUCUCUGAAGGAUGCAAAAAUCGUUGGUGAAUGGACCGGCCUCCGGCCAGUGCGCUCCCAGAUUCGCCUGGAAAGAGAACAGCUUCACUUUGGACCUUCAAAUACAGAGGUCAUCCACAACUAUGGUCAUGGAGGCUAUGGGCUCACCAUUCACUGGGGCUGUGCCCUGGAGGCAACCAGGCUCUUUGGACAAGUCCUGGAAGAAAGAAAGUUGUCCAGGAAGCCACCAUCUCACCUGUAA